AAAAAAAUAUCUUCUUGUGUGUUGAUCCGUACAGGAAACACUUUGUGCGCAAAUGCGUCUACUUCACCCAAAAUUGGUAUUUUGGCAAGAGAAUCACUAGUAAAUAACUAUUUCCGGUACGGAUGGGGUAGUGUCAACUGGUACUCUAUUAUAAAAUCCAGAAACUGCCGUAAAUUGUUUAGAUAUACUUCAGACAGGAAGUGGACACAUUGCACAUAUGCGUAGUACAAAUAGUGUUUCCGGUACGGAUCGAGUAGCCACACGGGUUUGUGUAACAACGAUUUGUACAAAACCGCUUAAAAAAAUAGGAAGAUUUCUGUUGUUACGUCAUACGGCUUAUAUUGGAUGAACUGGUGGAAUUUAAUGUUACUGGUGUAAUUAUCAGUCACAAUGAAAGAUCAUGUCAUAUUUGGAUUUCUCGUGUAUCUAAGUGUGCUUCUUGUCUGCGCCUGCUCCGAACAGUUUCCUGUAGCUCUCACCUUUAAUGAGGACUUAAAAAAUUGUAAUAAGGCAGAGGAUGUACAUGAACCUGACCCAAAGGAUUUGGAUGUGUUUGAGCCGAGCCCUGAGUGGCAGACUCUCAAACCAGGUCAAGCUGUUCCAGCAGGCUCCCACGUAAGGUUGAAUAUACAGACAGGGCAAAGGGAAGCCAAGCUUGGAGAUGAAUAUAUUUCAGGUAGAAAGAGCACACAAGAAAUGCAUAACAAGCAGACUCGUCUGUUCACCUCUCAGGAGCUAAAACGGGCUCUCAAGCAUUUUAAAGCAUUGGAUGACACAACACAAAAAGAUUCUGAGCAGGGCACAGAAUCUUCAUUUCGUUCAAUGGGCGAGCUCAAAAGAGACAUGGCGAUGCUGGACAUGCUGGUGGAAACAGAUGUCCAGAUUAUGAAUAAACUGUUAUCCAGAUUUAGCAGCACUAACACAACAAUGGAGCAAAAGGUCGCUGCUCUACUUGACCUAGAGUACCUUGUUCAUCAGGUGGAUAAUGCAGAUCAUCUGGUGUCAAUGGGGGGAAUAGAGCUUGUAAAUGAUGCCUUGAACAGUACAGAUUUUAGACUCCAGGAAAAUGCUGCAUUUGUACUAGGAUCAGCUCUUUCUAGUAACCCAUCUGUCCAAGUGGUGGCUUUAGAAUGUGGCACUUUACAGAAGCUCCUGACUAUGCUUGCAACCCCACGACCAAUGCCUGUUAAGAAAAAGGUAUUAUUUGCAGUGGCAUGUCUGUUACGUCACUUCCCUCCUGCUCAAAGUCAGUUUGUGAAACAUGGUGGAUUGCAAGUGCUAGCUGAUCUAUUCCAGACACAAGGAGCUGAAAGUGUCCGCUUGAGGAUUAUCACAUUGCUCUACGACAUGAUUACUGAGAAGGAGAUGAUUCAUCAGACUGGUAUAAAUUCUCCUUCUACCCAUCAGGAACAUGUGCAGCAAUAUGGUGACAUCUCACUGUUUUCUAUGCUUGUGGAGCAGGGCUGGUGCAGACUGGUGCCAGAAAUUCUGGAUUCUCCUGAUCAUGAUUCAAGAGAGAAAGCUUUGCACUCGCUUCAGGCCAUGAUGCCCUACUGCCAGUCACUGUAUCUACAGAACCCUAUUCUGAUUACAUCUCUUAGUGUAUUGCAGAAGCAGUACCAGGAGCUAGCCCAUAAAGAGAGGAGCCUGGGAGAGAAUGAUGGCUACUUUGGGGAGAUUUUGUUCUUGGUGGACUCUGUGUUGGUGAAAUGCAUGAACAGUACACUAAAAUGACAGUGAACAUUAUGAAUAUAUGAUUAUUCAAUGAAAAUAAAGUAUGACAUUUCUAUAA